AUGGGUACAACAAGCGAUACACCAGGGAACGCUGUUACUACUUUGAAUUGCAUGGUGAUAAACGCUACCGAAGAAAGCAGAAGCUUGGCCAGUGAGCUGAUCGUGGAUCAUGUUUCAACAAUGACCAAGUUUAGAGAUUGUUUCAAUUCAGUUGGCCUAGUGGAGUGUUUCAAAAAUGUUGCAGUUCAAAGUUUGAACGAUUUUAUGGCGAGCGACAGGGAAAUCCGCCUGUCCAGAUAUCUUGUGGUGAAGAAAAAUCCCGACUUUCUAGCUUCCGAUGUUGACGAAAGGGCGCCAACGGAUUGGCACGCGAUUGUGGCCAAGAUUCGGGACUUUAUCAGUUCGCGUGUCUUUCAAUUCAGCCUGGUAAUCCCGGAAGAUCGUUCUUUGGCUGAAGGCCGUGGCAAGAAGCACAAACAGAAACAACAAGGUGGAAUGUACAUGAUGGGUGGUGUUGCUUUUAUGGCCAUGAUGGCCCAGCUGGUCCUGGGGAAGGUUGCCAUGUUAGCUGCCGUUGCUCUGAUUAUGGCCAAGAUAGCGCUCAUCUUUUCCACUUUGAACGGUUUCAAAAAAGCAGCCAGCGGCGGAGGAGGCGGAGGGGAGCACGUGGUUUACGAUCAUUCCGGAGGACACGGUUCCGGUGGAUGGCAGCGAAGCAUCGACCCCAAACGCAAAGAUGACCAAUACGAAGACGGAGGUGAUCUCGCCUACAGACGAAGGAGACCAGACUACGACUACAGAGACCCAUUGGAAGGCGCAUGA